ACACACACACACACACACAUCUUCCACGCAGAGAGAGGACAGAGAGUGUGAUAAACGGCCGCACGUGAGGUGGUGCGCGAGACCCCCGGGGAGAGAGGGGACUAAUCGUUAAUUUGGAGGUGAACGGUUUUUUUUUUUUAGUGUGUGACACACGCGGAGAAAACAAGAAGGUCUCCGACAAAAAAAAGACUGGCCAGAUGAAUCCCAUGACACAGUUGUACUACAAGAAGGCGACAUAUUCGCCUUACCGCGAUCGCAUCCCGCUUCAGAUCGUCCGGGCUGAGGUGGAGCUGUCCGCUGAGGAGAGGGCCUACCUCACCGCCGUGGAGAAAGGUGACUAUGCGGGUGUCAAACAUGCCCUACGCGAGGCGGAGGUCUACUACAACAUGGACGUUAACUGCCUGGACCCGCUGGGCCGCAGCGCUCUCCUCAUCGCCAUCGAGAACGAGAACCUGGAGAUCAUGGAGCUCCUUCUCGACCACGGCAUCCACACCGGCGACGCCCUGCUGUACGCCAUCAGGAAGGAGGUGGUCGGCGCCGUGGAGCUGCUGCUGUCGCACCGGCGGCCCAGUGGCGAGAAACAGGUUCCCUCACUGAUGAUGGACAGUCAGUUUUCAGAGUUCACCCCAGACAUAACUCCCAUCAUGCUCGCCGCUCACACCAACAACUACGAGAUCAUUAAACUCCUCGUCCAGCGAAAGGUCACCAUUCCCAGACCACACCAAAUAAGAUGUGACUGCGUUGAGUGUGUAUCCAGUUCAGAGGUCGACAGUCUCCGGCAUUCACGGUCUCGACUCAACAUCUACAAAGCUUUGGCCUCGCCCUCCCUGAUCGCACUGUCCAGUGAAGAUCCCAUCCUCACGGCCUUUAGACUGGGCUGGGAACUGAAAGAGCUCAGCAAGGUGGAGAAUGAGUUUCGUCAGGAGUACGAGGAGCUGUCCCAGCAGUGCAAACGCUUCGCCAAAGACCUUCUGGACCAAGCCAGGAGUUCAAGAGAGCUGGAAACCAUCCUGAACCACAGGGACAACGACCAGCGCGAGGAACUGGACCCCAGACAGUGCCAUGACCUCGCCAAACUCAAACUGGCCAUCAAGUACCACCAAAAAGAGUUUGUGGCCCAGCCCAACUGCCAGCAGCUGCUGGCCACGCUGUGGUACGACGGCUUCCCGGGCUGGAGGAGACGACACUGGGCGGUCAAACUGGUCACCUGCUUCAUCAUCGGACUGCUGUUUCCUGUCUUCUCAUUGAUCUACCUGCUGGCUCCUAAGAGCGCUCUGGGAAACUUCAUCAAGAAGCCCUUCAUCAAGUUCAUCUGUCACACGGCGUCCUACCUGACCUUCCUCUUCCUCCUGCUGCUGGCCUCGCAGCACAUCGCCCGGACCAACCUGCACAUGCAGGGACCUCCACCCACCAUCGUGGAGUGGAUGAUCCUCCCAUGGGUCCUGGGCUUCAUCUGGGCGGAGAUUAAGGAGAUGUGGGACGGGGGAUUCACAGAGUACAUCCACGACUGGUGGAACCUGAUGGACUUUGCCAUGAACUCGCUCUACUUGGCCACCAUAUCGCUGAAGAUCGUGGCAUACGUCAAGUAUAACUCCUCUCGUCCCAGGGAGGAGUGGGAGAUGUGGCACCCCACGCUGAUAGCUGAGGCUCUGUUCGCCAUCGCCAACAUCUUCAGCUCCCUCAGACUUAUCUCCCUCUUCACAGCCAACUCCCACCUCGGGCCACUGCAGAUCUCACUGGGGAGGAUGCUGCUGGACAUCCUCAAGUUCCUCUUCAUCUACUGUCUGGUCCUGCUGGCGUUUGCUAACGGGCUGAACCAGCUGUAUUUCUACUACGAGACCAAGGCGUCAGAAGAACACAACAACUGCAAGGGCAUCCGCUGUGAGAGGCAGAACAACGCCUUCUCAACGCUAUUUGAGACUCUUCAGUCUCUGUUCUGGUCCAUAUUUGGGCUGUUAAACCUGUACGUCACCAACGUGAAGGCCCGGCACGAGUUCACAGAGUUCAUCGGGGCGACCAUGUUCGGGACGUACAACGUCAUCUCACUGGUGGUUCUGCUCAACAUGCUCAUCGCCAUGAUGAACAACUCGUACCAGCUCAUCGCUGACCACGCCGACAUCGAGUGGAAGUUCGCCCGCACCAAGCUGUGGAUGAGUUACUUUGACGAGGGCGGCACGCUGCCGCCUCCGUUCAACAUCAUCCCCAGCCCCAAGUCCAUCUGGUACCUGCUCAUGUGGCUCCACAACAAGCUGUGCAGGAGAGGCCAGCCGCCCGGGGAGGACACACACAAAUGUGAAAACCUCAGAGAGUUCACGGAACGCCACGCUGACAGUCUGAUCCAGAAUCAGCAUUAUCAGGAAGUGAUCCGGAGCCUGGUUAAGAGGUACGUGGCGGCGAUGAUACGCAGCGCCAAGACGGACGAGGGACUGACGGAGGAGAACUUCAAGGAGUUGAAGCAGGACAUUUCCAGUUUCCGCUACGAGGUCCUGGAUCUCCUCGGCAACCGCCGUCCUCCCCGGCGACACUACUCCUCCUCCAGCGAGACGACGAGAGAGGACGGCGCCAUGGCGUCGGAGGACGACAGCGAAUCAGGCGACGGCUGCGGAGGCGGAGGAGGAGGCGGCCAGAGAUCGAAGGGCGUGACCUUCAUGACCCCGCUGGAGGACGACACGAGGCCGGCGCCGACGCUCGGCGUGUCCGCCCUGGUGCGCUCCAUUUCUGGAAUGACCCAGAUCGAAAAGGGAGGAGGAGGAGAGGGCGACGAGGGGGAGCUGCAGGAGGGCGUCGGAUGGGGGGAAGAGGAGGAGGAAGAGGAGGGGAAACCAAAGAGCAACGGGCUGAAGACGACCGUCAUCCCUCCGUCCUCCACCACCGUCCUGCCCUCCCCGUCCUCGUCCUUCUCCUCGUCCUUCUCCUCGUCGCUCGCUCGUACGAGAAGUCGCCUCCAGCGCUUCUCGGCUCCGGGAGCAAAGACAGACUCCUUCAAACGCCUCUCCUACCUGUUCUCGCGCUCCAAGCGCAGAGCCCCGCCCAUGCCUCUCCCCCUACAGUCCCCGCCCUCUUACACCAUCUCCGACGGGUUGCUCCGCCCCCUGGGGAGCCACAGCCACUCUGACUUCGGACUCAGCGACGUGACCAGAAGUGAGACUCACCUGAACGAGGUGGGCCGCUCAGUCGACAUCAAUAACCCCUCGUUCUCCCCGCGGAGGACGAACGGGCGGGACUCGCUCCUGGCGUUGCCCCUCCCGCCCCCGUGCCCCUGCCAAUCCCUGCACUGUGCUUCCAACAUGUCCGAGUCCAGCUCGCGCCUCCUGGACUCCAGCGAGGACAUUUUCCAGGGCGGAGGCGUGGGAGGAGGAGCGGGCCAGGGCGGCGUGGAUGGAGGAGGAGGCGGGAGAAGAGGAGGAGGAGGCGUGAUGAUGCUGGGCGGGUGGGUGGGACCGUGCGACGAUGUCAUAGAGGACAGCUGUGAGGUCAUAGAGGACUCCGUCACCACACAGCUAUAG